CCCUUCAAAACUCAUUUUUCUCUUCUGAUCCCUCCUAUAAAUAUACCCUCUCUCUACCUUGGUUCUUGCAUGCAUUGAUCAUUAACAUGAAUAGGGACAGAAAGAAACAGAAACUAGAGGAAGAGGAGGAGAGGAACAUGGAGGUGGUGGUGGUGGAGCAAGUUGAUGCAUUGGCUGCAGCAGCGACGGUGGCUGCAGCUGCGGCUGUGGAAGAGGAGGAGGGGUUGUGGGGUAUGUGGCUCAAGGAAGGAGACGUUGUGGUCGACGAGCUGAUGACAUGGAGCACCGUGUUGCCUUCAUGUUGGGAUGUGGAGUUUGUUGAGAAAAACUAUGGAGUUUUGUUCGAAGAUGUUGUGUGGGAUGAUGAUCUUUGGAAUUUGAACACUGCGACUCAGCUUCCACCUUUAGAUAAUAACACAAGACAAGAAUGAAGUCUGGUGAUUCGAGGUUUUUCAAUCGGUUCGAUUUUUCGGUUUUAGUAUGGACCAUAUAUCGUAAUCAAAGUUAAUAAUUUGUUUGAUUUGGUAUGGUUUUAAGUUUAAAUCAUGAGUUUUUCUAUACAUAUCUUGAGGAUUUUUUC